UUGUUUAUUUUUAAAAGUAUAAAGCGGGGGCGUGUUGAAUUAAAUAAGAAAAUAAGCAAAAGUAAAAGAUCUGCUUUCCCCUCUCCCAUUUUACUUCAACAAAAGUUAAAUCGAUCGGAUAAAAAUUUUUUUAUCUUAUUUUUAAUCCCCCUUCCUUACUAAAGAACAUUUUUUAAAUUAAAAUUUACCCAUCCUGUAGAUAUGACAUCAGACAGACUUGGCCCAGUAGUUCCAGAUUUGACUAGCCAAGAGACCAAUAGACUUGAACGAACUAGUUCCUUGGUCGAUUUGGCAAUUCGGGAUGGAGUUCCAUAUCCUCAUAGGCCUGCAAUUAAUAAUGUUCCUCCGUAUCUGAAUAUGUUGACUCGAACAUUUUCUGUACCAAAUGUAAACCAGUACACGGGUGCAAUAGGUCCUUAUCGACCAGCAAAUCCUGUCUAUACUUAUUAUAGCUAUAAAUGCUAUUUUCCGUAUAGAAAUUAUCGAGGCUAUACACUGACGGAUGCUUAUUGGUACGACCGUUAUUAUUAUUUUUCGCCAAUAUACAAACGGUCAAUGUUUCCAAUUAGAUUCCGGCACUCUGACUACAAAGCCAAUCCAAAUUAUUGGCAUUAUCCACACACCUAUUGGAGCUACCCUUAUCAAGGAAAAUGGUAUGACUACGACAAUCCAACAAAUUACCGCCCAUUCUUUGACCCACGAAUCAGCGCAUCAUUUUCAAGACCUUACCAUUACACAUCACAUGCGCUUGCAUACCCAAAUAACCAUCAACAAGGAAUGAUCCAGAAUCGAUUCUAAAUGCUUUAAAAAAUAAUUUUUUAUAUAAAUAAAUUAGAAAAAACAAUUUUGGCCAAUUUUCUGAAAU